AGGCCUGCCACAGGAACUCCACACCACGAGCUAUGGCUAUCAAAUCUGGAUUUGAUAAAUGCCAAAAGGCAUAGUCUAAUAGUUUACAUAUACAGGCGGCCUCCCGGUGGAGAUUUCAAUGUUGUUCAGCUACUCAAGGAUGGGCUUUCUAAAGUUCUGAUGCACUUUUAUCCCUCAGCAGGAAGGCUGAUUACCGAUGCCACUGGUCGACUUGCAGUGGAUUGUAAUGGUGAGAGCGCUCUAUUUGUGGAGGCUGUAACUCAAAUGGAAAUUGACGACCUGGGUGAAUUUUCUUCUCCCUCAGAACUCUCACCCUUAGUUCCUCCUGCCGCCUACCACGAUGGGAUUACCACAUCCCCCCUCCUUAUGAUUCAGAUUAUGGAAUGUGAUCUUAAAUUUGAUGUAAAACAGAGACUCACAAUCAAAUCAAGAAGUGAUAAACUCAGUGUUUCUAGGUUUAAAUGUGGAGGAAUAGUCGUGGGGGUAGGUUUGCGUCAUAACUUGGUAGAUGGGAUUGCAGCAUUACAUUUUAUAAACACAUGCAUAAUCAGUGUUUCUAGAGAUAUUGUAUCCAGUCCCAUUUGGCAAACCAACCAAAUGAUCUAUGAUGAAAUUUUAAAGAUGGAUGAUGAAUAUCUACACUCUCAAUUAGAUUAUCUUGAGUUGGAACAUGAUUUAUCAUCAUUUUCUAUGUAUGAUGGGAAUGAUGAUGGAAUCAAUAAUCCUAAUUUGAUUGUAAAUGGUUGGACAAGUUGGCCCUUCGUGAUGUAG